AUGUCGUCUGACGAUGAGGCAGACCCUGAACUUGUCCAGCUGCUUCGGCAGCAUUUGCAAGGCAAGCUGGCCGUUGAACAAGAAGCCGACACUGGGGUUCUCGAAGGAGCACAAUACAUCUACGACCAAGGCAUCGAUGUCGCUAUUGACAUGCGGGCCACUAAACUGGCUGCCGAGACAAUCUACACUCAAAUGCAGCAGAAGCAUUACUCGACAGCAACAUGGGCAGAGCACGAAUUGCACCCGCAGGAAAAGAAUGAGAGCACAGUAGCCUUCAUUUUCACCAUGGACCUGUUGAAUUUCUCCUUUUGGUCUGAGCUGCCCGAUGAAGAACGAUUCGCCGUCGAGUACAGGGGUAAACGCUGGACGGGGUACUGGAGCCUUGUUGCAGCCAUGCGACGAGCCCUGGACGAAGACAUCCCCAUCACAGACCCUCAUUACUGGCAAAACGAGGAAGAAUGCAAUCUAGAGUCACUCCAGCACGUCUUCAGAUCGUCCACGGACGAACAGAUGCCCUUGCUCCAGGAGAGAUUGGACUGCUUGCGACAAAGCGGAAGAGUGCUUUACGAGCGAUACAACUGCUCCUUCACCAACGUCAUACUUGCCGCCGACGGUUCCGCUGCUGAACUGGUCAACCUUCUUGCGAGGGAAUUUUCGUGCUUUCGUGACGAACACAGAUUUGAAGGCAGGAAAAAGCCGGUGCGGUUCUUGAAACGAGCCCAAAUCCUCGUCGCAGACCUGUGGGCCUGCUUCCAAGGCGAGGACUACGGGGACUUUUACGACAUUGACAAGAUCACCAUGUUCGCCGAUUAUCGCAUCCCGCAAAUCCUCAUCACCCUCGGCGCCCUGUAUUGCAGCCCGCCAGUUGCAGCCGCCAUCAGGGACAAGAAGAUGUUUAAAAGCGGCGACUUGUGGGAAAUGCAGUUGAGAGCAUGCAGCAUCUGGUGCGUCGAGCUGAUACGGCGAGAAAUCUUGCGCCGCCAUCCAGAUACCCUGGUCAACGCCAUUCUGAUUGAUUUCUUCUUGUACGAUUGGAUGAAGGAACUCGAAGCCGCAGGAAACGAGCCAUUUCCUCAUCAUAGAACUCGAAGCAUAUGGUACUAG